GCUCAGACAGGCCCUCCAAAGUAGGGGAAAGGGCAGGGGCGUAGCCUCGCUGGCACCGCCCCGAGCACUUAAAGUCGGGCGUGGCGUGCUGGACCGCGGCGUCGCCGCCGAGGACCCGAACGCUGCCGCUCGCCUGCCCGCCGCCAUGGCCCUGCUCCGAGGUGUGUUUAUUGUUGCUGCUAAGCGGACCCCCUUUGGAGCCUAUGGAGGUCUUCUGAAAGACUUCACACCUACUGACAUGGCUGAGUUUGCUGCCAGGGCUGCCUUGUCUGCUGGCAAAGUCUCACCUGAAGCUGUUGACAGUGUCAUCGUAGGCAAUGUCAUGCAGGAAAUUUGUUCUAGAGACUCUGAAGUUGUCCUGUGUGGAGGAACUGAAAGCAUGAGCCAGGCUCCCUACUGUGUCAGAAAUAUUCGUUUUGGAACUAAGCUUGGAUCAGAGCUCAAGCUGGAAGACACUCUGUGGACAGGAUUAACAGAUAUGCAUAUCCAAAUGCCGAUGGCAAUUACUGCAGAGAAUCUUGCUGUAAAACAUCAAAUAAGCAGAGAAGAUUGUGACAGAUACGCCCUGCAGUCACAGCAGAGGUGGAAAGCUGCUAAUGAUGCUGGCUACUUUGAUUAUGAGAUGGCACCAGUUGAGGUGAAGACAAGGAAAGGAAAAGAGACAAUGCAAGUAGAUGAACAUCCUCGGCCCCAAACAACCAUGGAGCAGUUAAAUAAACUUCCUCCAGUGUUCAAGAAAGAAGGAACCGUUACUGCAGGGAAUGCGUCGGGGGUUUCCGAUGGUGCUGGAGCUGUUAUCAUAGCUAGUGAAGAUGCUGUUAAAAAACAUAACUUCACACCACUGGCAAGAAUUGUGGGCUAUUUUGUGUCUGGAUGUGAUCCCACUAUCAUGGGUAUUGGUCCUGUCCCUGCUAUCAGUGGAGCACUGAAGAAAACAGGGCUGAGUCUUAAGGAUAUGGAUUUGGUAGAAGUGAAUGAAGCUUUUGCUCCUCAGUACUUGGCAGUUGAAAAGAGUUUGAAUCUUGACCCAAGUAAGACCAAUGUGAAUGGAGGGGCCAUUGCUUUGGGUCACCCAUUAGCAGGAUCUGGGUCAAGAAUUACUGCACACCUGGUUCAUGAAUUAAGGCGUCGGGGUGGAAAAUAUGCUGUAGGAUCAGCCUGCAUUGGAGGUGGCCAAGGAAUUGCGGUCAUCAUCGAGAACACAGCCUGAGAAGAGCAGGCAGCCUGCCCUGGUCCAUGCUCACAUGACUUGACUAGGCCACAGUGAACCAGGUGACCUUCAGAGCAGAUGCAAAGCCAGCCAUGCUUUGCACUGAGAGUGACCAGGUUUGGGCAAGGCACGGUAAAGCAGAGACCCAUUUAUCAUAAACAAGAGCGCAUGCCAGAAUAAAUUCUCUCAAAUUUGUACCAAAUAUGCAGCAUUUCUGAACUGAAAUCCAACUAACAUAGGCUUUAAAGGGAAUUGUAUUCUUGCCAAAUAACCAUCACUUAUGCCUUAAAUAAUAUGAUUGCAGGGAAAUUGAAUAAAUACUGCCUUAACUUCA